ACUAAUUGCUUUUGUAUCUCGGGUUUCAGGAUGCGCACAUAGCUGGUGUAAAUGUAAAUGCCUGUGUAGGCUACGCGGUGAGUGUGUGUGUGUGUGUGCGCGCGCGUGUGUGUGUGUGUAAGAGAGAGAGAGAGAGCGAGAGAGAGAGAGAAAGUGUGUGUGAGGCAACGUGAUCGGAUAGCAAACCCUGAGUCUUUACAGUCAGCAUGCCUUUCCUUUCCUUUGCUUGCCUUGGCUCAUGGAGCCGAGCGGUGCAGUUUAGAUUUUGCCCUCCAAUACGCAGCGUUUAUGUAAAAUAGGCUUUACCAAACCGGAGGGUAAGAGGGCUUUAGGGUAGCUGUUAGAGGUGACAGAAAGUCCAGGGAUUGCUCUGUUAUUCAAAAGAAGAUAAAUGGCUCCGGCAUUGUUUGCUUGUAGGAGGUGCGAGCGGCUCCCAAGUCAUGUCCAGAUCGGGCGACCGAACGUCUACGUUUGACCCAACACACAGCGACACGCUGCUGCACGGGCUCAACCUGCUGUGGAGGAAGCAGCUCUUCUGCGACGUGACCCUCACAGCUCAGGGACAACAGUUCCACUGCCACAAAGCCGUGCUCGCGUCCUGCUCGCAGUACUUCAGAUCCCUGUUCUCUGCGUCACACGCGCUCAGCAAUGAGCCGCUCGCCGGAAAAGAUCAAAGCAGCGGCGGAACCCCGUCUUCGUCCCCGGAUGAGAAGCUCCUGGCCAGCCCGCGCUCGAUCAGCAACUUGGUGCUGCAGGGCUGCUCGUCCAUCGGGCUGCGCUUGGUGCUCGAAUACCUGUACACGGCCAACGUGACGCUCUCGCUGGACACGGUGGAGGAGGUGCUCUCGGUCAGCAAGAUCCUCAACAUCCCACAGGUCACCAAGCUGAGCGUGCAGUUCCUCAACGACCAGAUCUCCGUCCAGAACUACAAGCAGAUCUGCAAGAUCGCCGCGCUCCAUGGCCUGGACGAGACCAAAAAGCUGGCCAACAAGUAUCUUGUCGAGGAUGUGCUGCUCCUCAACUUCGAGGAGAUGUGUGCCAUGCUGGACGCGCUGCCACCGCCCGUCGAGUCCGAGCUAGCUCUGUUCCAGAUGUCCGUCCUGUGGCUGGAGCACGACCGUGAGACCAGGAUGCACUACGCGCCAGACCUGAUGAAGCGCCUCCGCUUUGCCCUAAUCCCGGCUCCUGAGCUCGUUGAGCGGGUGCAGUCUGUAGACUUCAUGAGAAGUGACCCUGUGUGCCAGAAGCUCCUGCUGGAUGCCAUGAACUACCACCUGAUGCCCUUCAGACAGCACUGCAGACAGACAACAGCCAGCAGAAUCCGUUCCAACAAAAGGAUGCUGCUGCUAGUUGGAGGUCUGCCCCCAGGACCCGACCGCCUCCCCAGUAAUCUAGUGCAGUACUACGACGACGAAAAGAAAACAUGGAAGAUCCUUACAAUAAUGCCUUACAACAGCGCCCAUCACUGUGUAGUAGAAGUGGAGAACUUUCUUCUGCUACUGGGUGGAGAGGACCAGUGGAACCCGAAUGGCAAACACAGCACUAAUUUUGUAAGCCGAUACGACCCGAGAUUCAACAGCUGGAUCCAGCUUCCUCCCAUGCAGGAAAGGAGGGCGAGCUUCUUUGCGUGUUGUCUCGAUAAACACCUUUACGUCAUUGGAGGAAGGAACGAGACCGGCUACCUGUCCAGCGUGGAGGCGUAUAACCUCGAGACUAACGAGUGGAACUAUGUUUCAUCUCUUCCACAACCUCUCGCGGCUCACGCAGGUGCUGUCCACAAUGGAAAGAUCUACAUUUCGGGUGGAGUCCACAAUGGCGAGUACGUGUCCUGGCUGUACUGCUAUGACCCGGUGAUGGACGUGUGGGCCAGGAAACAGGACAUGAACACUAAACGUGCUAUACACGCACUCGCAGUCAUGAACGAUCGCCUUUAUGCUAUUGGUGGAAAUCAUUUAAAAGGAUUCUCUCACCUGGACGUGAUGCUGGUGGAAUGUUAUGACCCUAAAGGAGAUCAGUGGAACAUCCUGCAGACACCCAUCCUGGAGGGCCGCAGCGGUCCCGGCUGUGCUGUGCUGGACGAUAGCAUUUACCUGGUCGGAGGCUACAGCUGGAGCAUGGGAGCCUACAAGUCGUCCACCAUCUGCUACAGCCCCGAGAAAGGAACGUGGACCGAACUUGAAGGCGAAGUAGCAGAACCUUUAGCUGGACCGGCGUGUGCUACCGUGAUACUCCCAGCCUGCCUGCCGUUUAACAAAUGACAGAUAACUGUGUGAAAAUAAGCCCUUAGGAUGGACAGAAAGGCCAUCGCUAAACAAAACGAUGCAGACUGUCUAGACGGACGGAUUGCGUAGGAGGUGUACAAAUUAUUUUUUUACACGUCUGACGAGAGCACUUUCUUUCCUUCUUUCCUUCUUUAAUACUUAAAAAAAGAGAAACACAAUUUGCUUUUAUGUGUGUUGACAUUCAAACCUUCGAUCACCUUUCCCUUCUUUUUUCUGUUCCUUCUCGAUAUCGCACGCAUAACCGAUAUAGCUUCCAUUUGUACUUUGUAUUUUGUGAAGAAGACAAAAAAAAAAAAAAAAGAAGAAGAAGAAGAACAUUAUUCCGAGCUGAUGCAAUGUUGGAAAUUUGAAAUGUGUUUUAUGUCCUGGAACGAUUCAACAAACGAAUCGAAUUGUUUUUUAUUCUAGACGAAACUCAUGAAUCCCGUCGUAAACACUAUAGAAUAGAGAAGUGUUCACCACGCUCCUGCUUGUUAAAUAUCGUAGCCAUACUGUAUACGGUACAGCGGAUGUACAGAGGACGAAGGGGGAACCAAGUAGUCGUAAAUUAAGCUCCUCUAAUAUAACACAGACGAGGACAAACAUGGACGAACAAUCAAAAAAAAAAAUAUAUAUAUAUAUUGUUUACCAAGCCAUGUGCUGUGUCUGCAUGGUCUUAACUAAGAACUUUACGUUACGCUUUUAUUUCUUUUUCCCUUUUUCUGUCAGAUAAUUACCUGUUAAUGUUUAACAGUGCCUAUUUCUAAUCCUAGGUUCAUUCGUUCUCAUAUUUUUUUUUUAGACAACAGAAGAACGCUGUCCAGAAUCGGUUCAGCAAUAAAUUUGACACAUUUGACCUAAACUAAAGAAAUAAAUAGAUAGAGAUUUAAAUUAAGAAAUAAAUAAACUCCAAUGUUUCAAGAUUUGCAGAGCAGCACUGUUAGCGUAGCCGUCGUCCCGAUCGAUCCGGAGAGGUAUCUAUGUUUAUUUUCAUUCCUGUAAAUAGUCUCUUGCGGUGAAACAUUUUUGUGCCAUGGGAUUUAUUAUCAAAUCCUGUUAUGUUAUUAUACAUUUUA